AAGGUUCGGAGCAAGUCAUUGAGCAUCCCACUGAGUCAAUGAGCAGUCUUCACGCGGUCAUAUGCAACCUCAAAUAUGUUGCAUCACAAUCUAAGGAUUUAAAGCAAGUUAUUGAACACACUACUGA